AUGAAACCCCGAUGGAACAUUGUGGUUACUAUCACCUUGAUAGUACAGAUACGGACAGCGCUAGUAAUAGCAAAAGCCAUUAUCGACCAAAAGGCGGAGGAAACCCAAAAUGUUAACGUACCAGAACAGGCACAAAAACGCAUCGGCUACGACUAUCCGUCCCCAGCACUGCCAGUAACGUUCGACGAUCAUCAGCACGAUGAACAUGCGGCACCGGUGCCUUUACUGCAGCAGGAAACGUUAGUCGAACAUCAGCCCGAGCACGAGGAGCACCACCACUUCGAGGAACACCUGCACCACGAGGAACACCAUGAUCCGGGCUACUGGAAGAAGAAGCUCAUCUGGAAGGAGGGAUGGAAGAAAAUUUGGAAACCGGGCAAAAAGCAAAUUUGGAAGCCUGAUUGGAAGAAAAUCUGGAAGCCAAUAUGGGUACCCACGGAAAUACCGGUUUGGAAGGACACUCAGGUUCCGGCAUGGAAGCAAAUCUGGAAACCGGUUUGGAAGGAGAUUCAGGUUCCGGCGUGGAAGGAGAUCCAGGUCCCUGACUGGAAGAAGAUUUGGAAGCCCAUCUGGGUGCCUAUAAAGGUGCCGGCGUGGAAGGAAAUACAGGUACCGGCCUGGAAGCAAAUUUGGAAGCCCGUGUGGAAGGAAGUACAGGUACCCGAUUGGAAGGAGGUUCAAGUUCCGGCCUGGAAGCAGUACUGGUAUCCGGAGUGGAUCAAGGUAGGCAUACCGGGCGAGAAGUUCCUUGGCAAGGACCACGACGGCUGGGAGUACACCAGCCACGAUCUGUGGAAGAAGAAGCUGGUCUGGAAGUCGGGAUGGAAGAAAAUCUGGAAAACCGAGCAAAAGCAAAUUUGGCGUACGGACAAAAAGCUCGAGUGGAAGGCGGCCUGGAAACAGAUUUGGCAUGCAGCCAAAAAGCAGGUUUGGGUUGAAGACAAAAAGCUCGGCUGGAAGGAAGCCUGGAAGCAGGUGUGGAGGACGGAGAAGAAACAGAUUUGGGUUCCGGAAAAGAAGCUCGAAUGGAAGGCGGCUUGGGUUCAAAUUUGGAAGCCCAGCAAAAAGCUCGUCUGGGCGCCGGACAAGAAGCUUGAAUGGAAGGAAGCAUGGAAGCAGAUUUGGGUUCCGGAUUGGAAGGAAAUUUGGCUGCCAGCCUGGAAAAAAAUCUGGAAACCGGUGUGGAUUUCGGAAUGGUUCCCAUCGCCCGAUCAUCACGACCAUCAUCAUCAUCACGAAGAGAUCGAGCACAGUGGCUGGGCUAGGAAAGAUGAUACCGAUGGGAAGGUACUUUUCAAGCGCAGUGACAAUGGUACGGCACAUCCCAAGGCCAUCGAAGACCAGCUUUCGGCGGGAUCCGCCAAAACUUCCUCGGUCCUUGCGAAAGGCGACGCAACGGAAAAUAAAACGGAACUCCGGUUUCCUUCGUGA